CAAAAAAAAAAACACAAAAAAAAAAAGUUUUUCAUUGCAAAAUAAGUCCCACUCUCUUCCUCUUCAAAUCCACAUUUCAAUAUCUUUUCACCCAACAUUCAAACAAUUCCUCUAUAUAGAUUAAUUUGAGGAGAAAAAAAAAUAGAAAAAUAAUGUCUCCGAGCAAGAUUAGAAAAGCCAUCGGGGCGGUGAAGGACAAGACGAGCAUCGGCCUAGCCAAAGUCGGAAGUAGCAACUCCCUCUCCGAUCUCGAAGUCGCCAUCGUCAAAGCCACGCGCCAUGAGGAGUACCCUCCGGACGAGCGCUACGUCCGCGAGAUCCUAAACCUGACGACCUACUCCCGAGCGUUCGUGAGCGCAUGCGUCUCCACCAUCGCGCGGCGGCUCAACAAGACGAAAAAUUGGGUGGUUGCCCUGAAAGCACUCAUGCUCGUCCAGCGCCUCCUCGCGGAGGGGGAUCAUGCGUACGAGCAGGAGAUCUUCUUCGCCACCAGGCGUGGGACCCGCCUCCUCAACAUGUCCGACUUUCGCGACACGUCCGGCCGGUCCAACGCCUGGGACUACUCCGCCUUCGUCCGGACCUACAGCUUGUACCUCGACGAGCAACUCGAGUUCAGGAUGCAGGGCCGGAGGGGGAAGCGGAGCGGCUAUGGGUCCCAGGCGGAGGAAGAGGAGGGCAGGGGUGGCGGCGGCGGCGGUGGAGCCACGACCACCGCCCCCACCUCCAAUGCCGUGGUUGUGCGGGCCACCCCCAUUCGUGAAAUGAAGAUCGACCGAGUUUUCUCGAGGAUUCAUCAUCUCAUGCAGCUUCUUGAAAGGUUUUUAGCUUGCAGGCCAACAGGUGCAGCAAAGGAGAACAGGGUUGUUAGUGUGGCUCUCUACCCUAUCGUGAAAGAAAGUUUUCAGCUAUGCUACGAUAUAACGGAGAUUAUGGGUGUCUUGAUUGACCGGUUCAUGCAGCUCGAGGUAGCCGACAUGGUGAAAGUCCACGAGAUUUUCUGCCGAGUCUCGAAGCAGUACGACGAGCUCGACACCUUCUACGUCUGGUGCAAGAGUUUCGGAAUCGCGCGUGCCUCCGAGUACCCCGACGUCGAGAAAAUCACGCAGAAGAAGCUCGAUAUGAUGGAGGACUACAUUCACGAGAAGUCUGCUAUGGUGAACACCAAACGAGCCGUAAGUGCAGAGCCACAGCCGAAACCCGUCGAAGAAGAAGCGGGGCCCGCAGAACCCGAACCCGAACCAGAAUCCGAACCCGAGCAGGAUAUGAAUGCCAUCAAGGCAUUGCCACCGCCAGAAGGAUUCGUAGAAGAAACUAACGAAGUAGAGGAGACGAAAGAAGAGAAUAUCAAGAAAACUUCAGAAGAAGGAGAUUUGUUGAACUUGAGUGCCGACGCACCAAGCACACAAGAACAAGGAGACAAAUUGGCUUUAGCCUUAUUCGACGGCGGUCUACAAAGUACAACCACCGCUCCGGGGAGUACAACCACGCCCUGGGAGGCCUUCAAAGAGUCGUCGGGAGAUUGGGAGAUGGCGUUGGUUCAAUCCGCCAGCCACUUGUCGAACCAAAACCCAUCUCUUCCGGGCGGUUUCAACACAUUGAUUCUAGACGGAAUGUACCAACAAGGGGCGACAGCUCAUGCGGUGGCUUCCUCGGGCCUCGUGGCCACCGGGAGCGCCAGCAGUGUCGCCCUAGGUUCAGCCGGUAGGCCCUCCAUGCUGGCACUGCCGGCCCCACCGACGGCCGACGGCGGGGCCCACACGAAUUCCGACCCUUUCGCCGCCUCACUCGCAGUGGCUCCGCCGGCGUACGUGCAGAUGUCGGAGAUGGAGAAGAAGCAGAGGUUGCUCGUCGAGGAGCAGAUGAUGUGGCAGCAAUACGCAAGAGAUGGGAUGCAGGGGCAAGUAGGUUUAUCCAAAGUACAACAGAAUCCAUAUCAAGGCAUUAAUGGAGGUUACACCAGAACAUACUAAACUUACAUAUAUGUAUUUUUGUUUAUAGAAGCGUAUACAGACGAAUAGAUCGGUGUUUCUAAGAUAGCGGUUUUUGUUGUAGUCGUACGUCGAAAAAAGCCAGAGAGAGAGAGAUAUUUCUGUGUGCAAGUUGAGGUGAAAAAAAAGAAGUGACAAUGUUAAUAUACUCGUGUUACGUUUAUUUUUAGAAGCAUAGAGAUUUUCGAGUGUGUUUCCGUAUCUCGAUCAUUGUUUUGAUUUAAGUAUUAGUCGACAAUAAUUGCAAAGAUUAAUGUACAUUCAAAUAGAAAGCCAACAAGACAACGAAAAGGCCAAUUUCGAAAGUCGGAGAACAAUAGAAACGAAAACAAUGUACAUGCACUCUAGUCGGUCUUUUU